CUUCCCCCAGCCUAGGCAGGAGAGAUAUUCACAAGAUGGAAUCACAACAGCACUCACACAUUUAAACUUCAUUACUUAUUGAUGAAAAGAUGCUGUACCAUGAAACAGGGGCCCAGGCAGCCGUGCGUCCUGCUCAGACAUUCUGCUGCAGAGGUCAGAGCUCUGAGCUGCUGCACCGUUGCCUUCCUCUUCCAGAAAUGAGAUGAGAGUUGGUUCCUCUCCUCCACCCCCGGGCUCACUGCCUGCCAUGCCGGCGGUUCCGUCACAGCAAGCGGGAUGACAUGGAGACGGCUGAGAGUCGAGCUAUGACUGACAUUGGAGAUUACAUAGGCUCCAACAUCGAAAUAUCCUGGUUACCCAACCUGGAUGAUUUGAUGAAAGGCUACGCACGUAAUUUCAGGCCUGGGAUUGGAGGUCCUCCUGUUAACGUUGCUCUUGCAAUUGAAGUAGCCAGCAUUGACCACAUCUCAGAAGUGAACAUGGAAUACACCAUGACAGUAUUUCUGCACCAGAGCUGGCGGGACGACCGCCUGUCCUACAACCACACCAAUGAGACCCUGGGGCUGGACAGCCGCUUUGUGGACAAGCUCUGGUUGCCAGAUACUUUCAUAGUGAACGCCAAGUCUGCCUGGUUCCAUGACGUGACUGUGGAAAACAAACUGAUCAGGCUCCAGCCAGAUGGAGUCAUCUUAUACAGCAUAAGGAUUACCUCAACGGUGGCGUGUGACAUGGACCUCUCCAAGUACCCGAUGGACGAGCAGGAAUGCAUGUUGGACUUGGAGAGCUAUGGUUACUCUUCAGAGGACAUUGUCUACCACUGGUCAGAAAACCAGGAUGAGAUCCAUGGGCUGGAUAAGCUGCAGCUUGCUCAAUUCACAAUUACUAACUACCAGUUUACAACAGAACUGAUGAACUUCAAAUCUGGGCAGUUUCCCAGGCUGAGUCUCCACUUCCACCUCCGACGAAAUCGAGGUGUUUACAUCAUUCAGUCCUACGUCCCUUCUAUCUUGCUCGUGGCCAUGUCCUGGGUGUCCUUCUGGAUCAGCCAGUCAGCUGUGCCUGCCAGGGUGUCCUUAGGCAUAACCACUGUUCUUACAAUGACUACACUGAUGGUCAGCGCCCGCUCUUCGCUUCCACGAGCAUCUGCCAUCAAGGCACUUGAUGUUUACUUCUGGAUAUGCUACGUGUUUGUCUUCGCUGCACUGGUAGAAUACGCUUUUGCACAUUUCAAUGCUGACUACAUGAAAAAGCAGAAGAACAAGAUCAAAGCGAGAAGGCAGAGUGGAGAGAUAAACGUGAAGAAUGCCAUUGUUCUGUUCUCCCUCUCCAUCGCUGGUGUGAACCAGGAGCUGGCCAUUUCCAACAGGCACCACCGAAUCCCCAGAAGUCUGCCUGGAUCAUAUGGCACAAUAGAAAUAGAGACUGGAGAGACUAAACAGCAGCAAGAGAUGAAACUGGAUAAAAAGAGUGGUCUGAAAUCCCUCUUUAAGCCCAUUGAUGCUGACACCAUCGAUAUAUAUGCCAGAGCAGUGUUCCCAGCAGCCUUUGCAGCAGUCAAUGUUAUAUACUGGGUUGCCUACACUAUGUAAAAAGCCCAGAACUUUGUGAAGAGCCAAGAACUGAACAGUACCUACACACUAAACAGUCCUUGCUGAAACUGUACUGUGCCAUCUCUUCUCAAAAUAUUUUCCAGUGACCUUGAGACAUUUCUAGUCAAGAAACUCCUGCAAUCAAUUCCUACUAAAGCAGCAAGAAAAACAGUUUGUUACCAAUCUGAUUUGAUACAUUAAGGACUGUACUGUGCUCAACAAUCCCAGCUCCUUUUGUUUCCUCUCUUACCAUGAGAAAACAUUUCAUAUGUACAUAACAGCAGAAGUUUAAGUCUUGAACUACCAUGUUUUUUCUCCACCUGAAGCACUGGUAAGUAAUGAAGGUUUAGCCUCUCAUGCUCAGAGCAUUUCAUUUUUCAUAGUGGAACAGCUAAUUCCCAGCUUCCACACAAGUGAUUUUCUGUGGAAUGGUCUGACUUCAAUGCAAGUGGCAAAGUUGGCAAUUUUAAUCACAAAAAUCCCAUGGUAAAAGUAAAAAUAGAAGCAAGUGGGGGUUUAUUGAAUUUUCCUUUGUCUUAGAUAAAGUAUUGAAAACAUUUCAGUGCUCUUAGUCACAGCAUGAAAUAAAAUACACUACAUGGAGUUCUACUGAAUUGUUAAUAAUGACAGCGUUACAUUUCAGAUCUAAGCUAAUGAAAGAUUUAACACUUGAGCAUAGUAACCUUUGGUACUUCAGUGGGCCCCAGCGCAGGCAAAAGUGGUUCAGAAACAGGGAAAGCUCAGCCUUUCUGCAUUGGAUCACUAACAAUUUCAGAGGAGCUUGGUAAUGAAGGAACUCAAACUCCAUUUUCAGGAAGGAUUUUAGAAUUUCCUACAUGAGUUUCAGUGGCAGUCUGCCCUACGUGCCUCUGAAAAUCUCCUUUUUGCACCUGGCACAAAAUAGCUGAGCGAAGUUCAAAGGUGUCAUAAAUGGCUUUAAGUCAUUCAGUCGCUUUGGAUAUUUUUGCCGUUUUUAUUCUAUGGCUGACAUAAUGUUAGGCUUCACUUCCCUGUUAGACAGUGAAAUGUAUGAGAACUCAGACGCACCCCUCAACUCAAGACUGGAUCCUCUCACCACACUCAUACAAAUAACACUUUGUUCUGUGAGUAACUCCAGGGAUCCAGCAAAUGAAGGCAGUAUUCACAGCAAAUACAAGUUUCAUAGUUAAUCUCUAUCAAAAAAGCACAGUAAAUAGAUUGGGAUAUAGAUUAAAACAACAGACGUAUUUAAGGCACUUUUUUGGAUUUUUUUUUUUUUCUUCCUUUUUGGGGGGAUUCUGGUGCCUUGAAAGAUAAGGUUGUUCCAAACCUAGAGAAAGAAGAUGCAACAGAAAAUAUUACAUGAGAGAAGGAGGGGAUGAGUGAGGCUAAGGAGAUGGCUGAAAGCUGUGGAAGGGAGCAUGGGGAGGUGCAAGAUGAAAUAGGACACAAGAUGUAAAUGAGAGAAGAGCAGUGCUGGGCUUGGAAGAUGGGCAUGGCUGAUGGAAUUGCAAGGAGGAGGAAACAAGCAUUGGCUCACGCAUCCCUCCCACCUUACCUAUCUGUGACACACGGCUCAAUUUCAUAUGACCAGAACUGAAAGAGCAUUUUAAGGCAAAUUUAUGACUUCAAAAGAGAUUUGUUCAAUAUCACUGAAGUAAGAGAAUGCACUGAAGAAAAAUUAAUGAUCCUGAACUGAGCUAUGAUAUAAACUAUGAUCCCAUUGUAAGUCAGGCUGAGGAUCACGUGGAUUAUUUCUGUUCUAAUGGAAACACUUUCUGCCAGCCAUGUGCUGGAAGGUGCAAACCAUCACCCAGCUAUGUUUUUUCCAGAAAGUUCUCAUCAGUCUGGCCCUGGGCUGAGAUACCUGGAUUUUGCACUAAGUUCUUGCCACUGAUGUGAGGAUGAACCUUCCUGGAGUCAUUUCAUUGCAUCAUCUGCAAGAUGGGUAUAAUUAUACUGAUUUCUUUACUAAGUCUUUGAGAUCUACAGAAGCAAAAUCCUUUUGAGAGACACAGAAACUGUCAGGUUCCAACUAGAUACAUGCACUCAAAGUGUACAGUGGCUGGUUAUCCAGGGUAAUUAGUGAGAAAGUGGCUGCAUACAUUCUAAAGGCAAUGUCUAAUCUAAUUACUUCAGCAGUAAGAGUCUGUAGUUGUGCACCUGACACAAGUCCUUACCCUGAAGUCAACUGAGGUAAUCAUAGGGGGUUAUUGGACAAAAUUAGCUGCUUCUCCACCUGGGUGCCAGUCACCGGCUGCACAGCCUGCUGGCUUCUUCAUAAGGUUUAUUCAAUGCAUUGUUCUGUAUUUGUCUGCAGACCUUCAAGGUGCACAGCUAUUGGUGACUGAUCAAGGUAAAGGGUGGCUAUGGUCUUUUCCUCAUAAAAAUCCACAAACCUAACAACAAAAACCACCAAAACCACCACCCAGGACAAAACAAAGCAAAGAACACCAAAACCAGAAUGCUAGGCUGUCACAUAAAGCAUAAAAAAAAAAGGGGGGGGGAAACCUCAGAAUAUUUCAAGAGGUCAGAAUGUGAGAAUACAUGUGGCAGCUGUGUCCACUCCAGGAAUGAGGUGACUCAGAGGGGAGAACAGGUGUCCCUGCUGCUGCAGUUGCACAGCAGCACAAGGCAGAACACCUCCAUUGUGAAGUUACAGUUUUUGCAAUGUGUUUCCAAAGCCAGAAAUAAAACAGAUGCCUUCCAGAUUCUUUUACAGGAGGGAUGUUA